AUGGGGUGCUGUGGCUGUGGAAGUUGCGGUGGCUGCGGUGGCUGCAGCGGUGGCUGCGGCGGCUGCAGUAGUGGCUGCGGUGGCUGCGGUGGUGGCUGCGGUGGCUGCGGCGGCGGCUGUGGUGGCUGCGGCGGCGGCUGCGGCAGCUGCACCACCUGCAGGUGCUACCGGGUGGGCUGCUGCUCCAGCUGCUGUCCCUGCUGCUGCGGCUGCUGCGGGGGCUGCUGCAGCGUCCCCGUGGUCUGCUGCUGCCGCCGCUCGUGUGGCUGCGGCUCGUGCGGCUGCGGGAAGGGCUGCUGCCAGCAGAAGUGCUGUUGUCAGCAGAAGUGCUGUUGCAAGAGGCAGUGCUGCAGCUAG